AUGUCAUCCUUGAAUCAGAAGCAAAUAGAACAAUAUUUAGCUCAAAUUAAUGACGGAGAGAGAUCUGAAGAUGAUCUUGAGGAGUCUGAUGCAGAAGAACAUGAAAAUUUUUAUGAAAACCGAGAAGAUAUACUUCGUGAUCAUGAGAAUCCUAUUGAGGAGGAAAAUGAUGAAGAUGAUGAUGAUACUAUCUUAGCAGAAGACCCACCAUUGACAAAUGAAAACCCUGCAAAUGAUCAAGUGCCUCAGGUUCCAUUUCCAUCAACAAGUCAAGCCAGUCGCCGAGCUACCAUGAAAGGACUUGUUUGGAAGGUGAAAAAGUUUGUUUUGAAUUCUGACCAGACUACUUUUCUUGGCAACACCACAUACCCACCAGAACUGAGGGAUCAAACUACUACUGCUGUAAGUUGGAAGGACAAUAAACGGGCACCUUCCUAUGUUGGUGCAGAACCUGUUACUCUAGUAGAAAGAUUUGACAAAGUUAAUAAGACCAGGAUCAAGAUUACAUGCCCACGUGUAAUAAAAGAGUAUAAUGCCCAUAUGGGCGGGGUGGAUCUUCUGGAUAGCUUCAUUGGUAGACUGGAACUAGCUGAGGUUCUAGCUAAUAUAAAUAAUGCAUCUGAACUCUGUCACAAACGAGGAAGGCCCAGCACUAGUAACAGCGUUGAAAUGGCAAUACAAGCCAAGAAAAGUAGAGGACCAGUUCAGCAUGUUCCACCUAAAGAUAUCAGGACAGAUAAUGUUGGUCACUGGCCUGAUGAUUGCGCCCGCAGUAGAUGCAAAAUGCCUGGGUGCAAGGGAUAUACACAAAGUGUAAGAAGUGUGGAGUAA